UAUAGAAAAGAUGCAUCAAAAGGGUAUUUUUGGCAUACAACAGAUUCAAGGGCGACCAAAAAACACGUCCAGAUUCUAACGGGUGUAAGCUUAAGAAAAAUAUCCAUGACCGUACAUGAUUUGUCCCUCAUUUCCAUCGCGCGAAGAGCCAAAUGUGGCGCCUCUAAACACUCUCCUCUCUCUCUAUCGCUCGCUCUUCUCUCUCUCACUAAUCCACUCCCACACCAGAUCGGACAGUAGGGUUUUAAGCUUCUUUCCUGGUUCUGAAAGAUUCAUAGAAAUACGGGUCGGAAUCGGAUCGGUGAGUGACUCAGUGUCAAAGAAGAAGAAGAAGAGAUGAAGCACAAGAACGAGCACAAAAGCAAUUCCGCCGGUGCUAAGGAAGUGAAGUGCUUCUUGGUCGCCCUGAUUGCGUGCCUGGGAUUGACCUGUUUGUACUACGGCUCGUCAUUUGCUCCGAGCACCCGGAGAUCUGACGACGGAGCAUCUGCCUCCGAUGGAUCCGACCCGGUGCUCGACGGGUUCGUCCGCCACAGGGAUUUCGACGAUUUGCAUGAGGAUCAGGACCGCAAUCCCGAGGUUCCCAAAAGCAUACCUAUAUGUGAUAUAAAACUUUCAGAGUUGAUACCUUGUUUAGAUAGAAACCUUAUUUACCAAAUGAGACUGAAGCCCAACGUGGCGUUGAUGGAGCAUUAUGAACGGCAUUGCCCGCCCCCGAAGCGUCGCUAUAAUUGCUUGAUACCACCUCCAAUUGGUUACAAGAUACCCAUAAGGUGGCCAGCAAGCAGAGAUGAAGUGUGGAAGGCCAACAUCCCCCACACGCAUCUUGCACAGGAGAAAUCAGAUCAGAAUUGGAUGGUUGUGAAUGGGGACAAGAUAAAUUUUCCUGGUGGAGGGACGCAUUUCCACUAUGGAGCUGAUAAAUAUAUUGCUGCUCUUGCUCGUAUGCUUAAAUUCCCUGGUGAAAGACUCAAUAAUAAUGGAAAUAUCAGAAAUGUUUUGGAUGUGGGCUGUGGAGUUGCAAGUUUUGGAGCCUAUCUACUUCCCCACGACAUUAUAGCUAUGUCCCUUGCACCUAAUGAUGUACACGAGAAUCAAAUACAAUUUGCACUAGAGAGGGGGAUUCCAGCAACUCUAGGAAUCUUGGCCACAAAAAGGCUUCCUUAUCCAAGCAGAUCGUUUGAACUGGCUCAUUGUUCACGGUGCCGUAUUGAUUGGCUUCAAAGAGGGGGGAUUCUCUUAUUAGAACUUGAUAGGUUGCUUAGACCAGGAGGCUAUUUUGUGUAUAGCUCUCCUGAAGCAUAUGCAAGUGAUCCUGAAAACCGGAGGAUUUGGACUGCUAUGUCCGAUCUUUUGAAGCGGAUGUGCUGGAGAGUUGCUGCAAAGAAAGACCAGAGUGUUAUAUGGGCAAAGCCACUUUCAAAUAGUUGUUACUUGAAGAGAGAUCCUGAAACUUACCCCCCUCUUUGUAGUACUGAUGAUGAUCCAGAUGCAACUUGGAAUGUGAGCAUGAGGUCUUGUAUUUCUCGGUACUCUGCAAGGAUGCACAAGGAUAAAGGUAGUGGACUAGUUGCUUGGCCUCAGAGGCUUUUUACAGCACCUCCUCGGCUGGAAGAUAUUGGUGUUAGUCGCGAGGAAUUCAUGGAAGACACUAGGAUAUGGCAUUUUCGAGGUAUUGAGUACUGGAAGCAAAUGAAGUCCGUGGUACAGAAAAACUCUAUCAGAAAUGUUAUGGAUAUGAACUCAAACCUUGGUGGGUUUGCUGCUGGCUUACGUGAUAGAGAUGUCUGGGUGAUGAAUGUUGCCCCUGUCCAUGCGUCUGCAAAAGUGAAGAUUAUAUAUGACCGAGGCUUGAUUGGAACUGUACAUGACUGGUGUGAAUCAUUUUCCACAUACCCACGUACCUAUGAUAUGCUGCAUGCAUGGGCAGUAUUUUCAGAUAUUGAUGAGCGUGGAUGUGGCAUGGAGGAUUUAUUAAUAGAAAUGGAUCGGAUCCUGCGACCAGAUGGAUUCGUCAUCAUAAGAGAUAAACCCUCAAUUAUAAACUAUAUUCGAAAAUUUAUUACUGCAUUAAGGUGGGAUGGUUGGUUAUCUGAAGUAGAACCAACAGUUGAUGCUCUUUCAUCAGGUGAAGAAAGAGUUUUGAUUGCUAGGAAGAAGUUGUGGGAUGAGGGGCUGGCGCUAGUGUGAAUUUGCUUUGGUUCUCAGGUAUACCAUAUUGGGCCAAAUUUCUUCGGUUUUAAGAUAUUUCAUACUUGUGCACAAGUUAAAGUCAUCCGUGGGAUCCUAAAAUUUAAAAACUCACUAGUCUCUUAGAAAUUUUCUAAAUUUGUUUACGUUUCACUUUUGAGAUCAACCAGAACUAAUACAACGCACCUCAUCCCAUCAGAACUCCGAAGUUAAGUGUGCUUGAGAGAGUGGUACUGAGAUGGGCGACUUUGUUACUUGUAGUUGUAUGCGGAAUAAUUAUACCGCUUAAAUUUUCUGCUUUGGCUUGUGUUUCUCUGUCUUCUAGGCAUCUGCUGCUCUUAGCACUCCAUCUACCUAGAAGAGAAUAUCUGGACAAAAUGAAGCCUGAGCAUGUCCUGUUAGCUUCCUCCAUAUGAGACAAUACAACAUACAGAGAUUCAGAGGCAAUCAUUUUGCGGUAUCUGCCAACUACAAGAUGCUGCUGUAUACAUUAAUAACCAUUAAAUCAUAUAGCUUACCUUAUAACUGGGGUCCUGGGGAUUUUUCUUUCAUAUUUUUUUGGGGGGACCUAUGGGCUGAAUUGUUUUGUAAUUAAUAUAAGUAAAAAGUAAUCGGCAAUUGUUUGAUAAAUUUCAACUAGUCUUGUAUUAACAUCUUUCAACGCCUGAAUUAUAGUUAUUAGCAUUCUCUGGCCUAAACAUGAGGUCAUUAUCUUAGACGAUAGCCUGUCCCAAAUAAGUGUUCAGGU